AGCCGCCGCGCACGCGCACGCACGCGCAGACCCAGCGCUGAGCCCGCGCCAUGGCGUCGGAGCGGCUCGCUAGCAGGCCGGCCUGUCUGCUCGUGGCCAGCGGCGCCGCGGAAGGUGUGUCGGCCCAGUCCUUCCUCCACUGUUUCACAAUGGCCAGCACCGCCUUCAACCUGCAGGUGGCCACCCCUGGGGGGAAAGCCAUGGAAUUUGUGGAUGUGACCGAGAGCAAUGCACGCUGGGUGCAAGACUUCCGCCUCAAGGCCUAUGCCAGCCCCGCCAAGCUCGAGUCGAUUGAUGGUGCCCGGUACCAUGCCCUCCUGAUCCCCAGCUGUCCUGGGGCCCUAACCGACCUGGCCAGCAGUGGCUCCCUGGCCCGUAUCCUGCAGCACUUCCACUCUGAGAGCAAGCCCAUCUGCGCCGUUGGCCACGGUGUUGCCGCCUUGUGCUGUGCCACCAACGAGGACAGAUCCUGGGUGUUCCACGGCUACAGCCUGACAGGGCCCUCUGUGUGUGAGCUCAUCAGGGCCCCCGGCUUCGCCCGCCUGCCGCUCGUGGUGGAGGACUUUGUGAAGGAUUCGGGCGCCUGCUUCAGUGCAAGUGAGCCUGACGCCGUGCACGUUGUGCUGGACCGCCACCUGGUCACGGGCCAGAAUGCCAGCUCCACUGUCCCGGCCGUGCAGAACCUGCUCUUCCUCUGUGGCAGCCGGUGAGGGCUGGGCACAUUCCUGCCAUAUCAGCAGAGCUGCACCCGGUGCUUUUGCCCAAGCCCUGACCACACGUCUGUCCUGCAGGAAAUGAACCUUCUGGGUAGAUGCACCCCCGAGACAGCCCAGGUGUCUCCAGAGGCAGACAGCCCCGUCUCAGGCUUCAGGGACCCUGCCUCUUCCCUCCUGACAAGGGCCGUGGAUGGCAGCCCGGUCUGGCCCUGAUGGGAUUGUUGGAGGCCUCCUGGAAUCAGCUCUAAGGGGGUGUCGGCUCUCCUGGGGGAUCUAAGCCCCCAUCCCCCUGCAUGUUCUCUGGUAGGAGGCAGAGAAGAGACCCCAGGUGCCUGGGGAGGCGUGCUAGCUGCUAGGUGGUCCUCGGGAAUUCCAGGCCGGGUUUUCCAGGGAGGACUGGUUGCCAAGCGCGGUCGCUGUUGACUAGACAGAGUCGGCUCGGGGGUCCUCUGUGGGGGCUUGCCCUGUCGUGGCCUGUCUGCCACGCACCACCCCUUUCACCGUUGGUGGGGGCCUUGAGGGGAGGACCCAGUCGGCGGGAGCUGGCUCAGAACUUCGGCCGAAGGUGAAUGGAGUUUUUUGGGAGCAGCACCUCCUGCCCCGAGGCUGACCGGCACUGGCAGUACUUUGCUGUUGAAGAAGUCUUCUGGCCUGUGGUUUCAAAGUGUAAGCACCUCAGCGACCCACCCUGUCCUGUCUAAGCAUCGAGAGGCAUGUUUAGUUGUGAAUAUGAGACCAUGAGAUUCUCGAUGAGAGGAAAGUGCUGUCCCCCACGGCCUUGCAGAGUGGCCUCGAGUACAGCGGCUGUCAAGAGCAGACAGUGGUCUGGCCUGCUGGGCACCUGGCCUGGGCCCUGGCCUUCCAGCGGGCUGCCUGCUGGCCCCAGUGUAGGGCCUUAGGAGAAGCUUAGGCCUUCUUCUUCCUCACAGUUCCCCAGUUUGAGCCAUCAAAGGCCUUCCUCCUGCCCACCUUCCCGUCUCAGCCACAGCCAUUCCCAAGCACGAGGGUGGCUCCUGGUGCCAGUGACCUGCCAGGAGGCCUCUUGU